GUUAGUAUUGAUAGGGUUUCUCUUAAAGAAGUUACCUGUAUUUCUCUUUUUAAAGGUCUCAUCUGUUGCGUUUAAUUUAAUUCUUCUAAUGAUGUAGUUAUUUUUAUUGAUAAGAUUAGCGUUUGCUUAAACCAUGUUUAAAAAUUAAAACACUAAUUGGUUGUAUUCCCUUGUGAAAGAAAUUGACAAAGGCAAACCUACUCUCGACUCUCAUCCACUUCAGGAUGCGAAGGGGAUGGUCCGCGACCAUCCACGUCAAUUAGGAAAACCAAACGGAUGUUUAUGGCCAAGGCAACCCAUCCAAACCGAUUUUGCUUCCUUCUCAUAGGCUGAAGAAAAUUUUGGUGAACCCAGCCUAUCUAUCUUCCUCACCUCUGAGUUUCCACUGCUUUAAUCGCAAUUCCUAAAAAUGGCGUCUUUGGUAAAACCAUCUCUUUCUUCUUCGCUUGCUGCCUGUAAUGCUACUACUCAAACCCCCAAACAAUACCCUUCUGCUAAUAACCCCUUCAAAUCCUCUCAAUCCCACUUCCAUGGCCUUAAACUCUCCCUUUCGAUCCCAUCUUCCUUUUCUUCGUUCACUCCUUUGGUCAGCAAGACCUCUCCCAUUGUGUCUGCUAAGGUAAACAAAGGGUCUGUGCCCCCAUCGUUCACGCUUAAAGAUCAAGAUGGUAAAACUGUGAGCCUCUCGAAAUUCAAAGGCAAACCUCUUGUGGUCUAUUUCUACCCUGCUGAUGAAACCCCUGGUUGCACUAAACAGGCAUGUGCUUUCAGGGACUCUUAUGAAAAAUUCAAGAAAGCAGGAGCUCAGGUUAUUGGGAUUAGUGGUGAUGAUGCAGAAUCACAUAAGGCAUUUGCAAAGAAAUACAGACUUCCAUUUACUUUGCUGAGUGAUGAGGGUAAUAAAGUCAGAAAAGAAUGGGGAGUUCCUUCUGAUCUUUUUGGAACAUUGCCUGGUAGACAGACAUAUGUUCUUGACAAAAACGGAGUUGUUCAGCUCGUUUACAACAAUCAAUUCCAGCCUGAAAAGCACAUUGAUGAGACCUUGAAGUUGCUUCAGAGUCUUUAAGCAUUUCGAGCUUUUAAUUUUGUAAUUUGUAAAAGAAUUACGUUAAGAAUCGUAAACAAAUAUCUUAUAUGUAUUCAUUCCAUAUCAAGUUUUCUUUACAUCCCCGUAUAUUUGAGCACUCUUUGAGUUAUGGAGCACUCUUUUUAUUUUUAGAAAUGAACGUGUGAAUUUAACAAAUUAUGUAAGUAAAGAAUAAAUGGCACUAAGCACAAAUUUCAUAUGUCAUGUUCAUAGUCUCGACUGUUGUAAGGGCUAAAUGCUUCAGCCAACCAGUUCUUCUUCCUCCAUGAAUUCCAUCCCAUUUCUUGACAUAUUUCAUCAGUGUGAUUGAUGCUAUAAGUAGAUAUGCAUGUCC